AUGUCUACAAGCUCUGUUAAUCCCAUUAAUAGCAGUGACACAUCCUUCCAUGUUGCUUGCCCCGUCCCAUCACAGACUUGGAAGGAAUGGGUUAAGGAAAAGAAGAUAACUUGGAACUGUGAUCGUGGUAGGUGCACCGGAAAGUUAGCUACAGUAUAUUUCUGGGGUUUGGAAUUGCUCUCUUGGAAACAAUGA